CAGUGCAGGUUCGACACUAUCAAAAUACGCAUGCAAACUUCGUCGUCAGGACAAUUCAGGGGUCCCUUGGAUUGCCUCUUGAAAACAGUAGGCAAAGAGGGGUUCCGAGGGCUCUAUAAGGGUGCAACUCCGCCUCUUGUUGGCUGGAUGUUCAUGGAUUCGAUGCAUGUGCCUUCGUCCCCAAAACUCACAGGCUAACUAACAAACUUCAGAAUGCUAGGUUCACUUGCUAACUACCGCGCCGUUAUUAAGAGCAAACUCUACCCUCACAACGAUACCCUUCCCUCCUUGGGCCACGGAAUGGCCGGCGUUCUUGCUGGGUGGACGGUGAGCUUUAUAGCGGCACCCGUUGAGCACGUGAAGGCUCGUUUACAGAUUCAAUAUAACGCCAAAGGCUCCAAAGUCGGAGUUAAGUACACAGGGCCAAUCGACUGUACCAGAAAACUGGUAUUCACCCUUUCGCAUAUAGUAAAUCCCAAAAACUAACUUCCACAACCAAAGCUCAACAACCACGGAAUCCAAGGUUUGUAUCACGGCCUCGGCGCAACUAUCCUUUUCCGCACAUUCUUUUUCUUCUGGUGGGGUUCCUACGACAUCAUUACCCGUCAGCUGGAACAAAAGACCGACAUGACCCCAAUGUUGGUGAAUUUCUGGGCAGGCGGAUUAAGUGCCAACUUAUUCUGGCUCCUUUCUUACCCAUCCGACGUAAUCAAACAGCGCAUCAUGACGGACUCGCUCGAAAGCCGUAGGUUUAAGAGCUGGAGUGAGGCCGCCGCCGCUGUCGGAAGGGAAAGUGGAGUUCGUGGCUACUGGAGGGGAUUCGUUCCUUGCAUCUUGAGGGCUUUUCCAGCUAAUGCAGUUGCAUUGGUUGCGUUUGAGGGGGUAAUGAGGCACUUGCCCUAGAACGCCUCCCAGUUUCCGAAUUAAAUCUGAUAGCAUUGGUCUCGGUUUGGGGGUCCCUUGGUUACUGGUAUAACCUUAGGCUUGCCCCUCUCCCCAACCUCUCACCUAAAUUAUUCGCUCUUAGAUUACGGCCUAGAGUACCUAUACACCCUAUUAUAUCUAGUUCACCUUCAACAGCCCAGUGUCCCACUCCGCCAUCCAGCCACUCACCAGACAGUUCCGUUUUUACCACCAGUGUACAGAGUGCAUCUCUUAUUUCAUAUCCUUCCCUUUCCCCGUAUAUUUAUUAGGUAUUGCAGGAGUCAUCAUAGGAUUUGCAUAAUCUUUGUCAUCAAUUCUUACAUGCGAAGUCAGGUACCAUGUCAAUCAACCGACCCGUGAAUCUCCACUCCGUUCUGUCCCCCAGCUCGCCCAAUGAACGCGCAUUCCGAAUUACAGCCUUGCGGGGUACAAGCAUAAGUGAAAUCCUAUCAAUACUUAGAAGCCUUCUGCCCCUUAUCAAUGCUUAAGGCUUGCGGUGUCAGUGACGACUUAUACCCCUUCGGUUCGUCCGCUGCAGAUUUUUUUCCCACCCCCAGAACGAAAGACUGGCUCUCAC